UUGACACAGGUGCACUCACACUGGGUAAUUAGCACAGACCCUGGUUUCCAGACAGAUUUCAGAUGACGAGCUAACCUAGCCUGGCUUGGUGGACAUUAAUUAUAAAGCAGAAGGAAAUUAAGAAAUAAAUAACACUAAAUAAAUAAAUGGAUAAACAGCUCCUGAUGCAAGACGGUGAAAGGACAGAUUCUGAGGACAAAUACUGGGAUGACAAUGAGGCAGAAGGCGUAAAGUUACUCUGCAGUCCUGGAGCUGACAUUUAUGCUAGCGUUUUUUCUUUUCUUUUUUUUGCUGACCCUGCUAACUAGCAGCACCUAGCAAAGAGAAUCAACACACUUUUGCCACCGGCUACCGCAACUUGUGUAACUUCUGACGGCGAGUUGGAACAUGUAGCCUAAGGAAGUAAGGUUUGGAUAGACGCGUCUGCACAGCGGAAGGUGGCGGUGUACAAACACCUGUUUCAAGAUGACCCAGGAGCAGUAUAUCCUUGCGGCACAGCCCAACCCACUCCACCAGCGGGGGGCGUCGGUGUGCGGUGCCCAGGUUUACCCAGCAGUGGGAAUCUACGGCUGGAGGAAGAGAUGCUUGUACUUCUUCAUCCUCCUCCUCCUCGUCACCAUGAUCGUCAACCUGGCGCUGACCAUCUGGAUCCUCAAAGUCAUGAACUUCACCCCGGAUGGUAUGGGGAAUCUCCGGGUGACAAAGGAGGGUGUCCGAUUGGAGGGAGUGUCCGAAUUCUUACUGCCUUUAUACGUCAAAGAGAUCCAGUCUCGUAGGGACAGUCCAUUGAUCCUCCAGUCAGACAGAAAUGUGACUGUCAACGCUAGAAAUGAUCAGGGACAACUGACUGGUCAGCUAACCGUGGGUUCAGAGAUGGUGGAGGCUCAGUGUCAGAGGUUUGAGGUGAGGAGUACAGAUGGAGAAAGAGUUCUGUUCUCUGCAGAUGAAGAAGAGAUCAGCAUCGGUACUGAGAAACUCAGAGUCACAGGGAAUGAAGGCGUGGUGUUCAGCCAUUCUGUAGAGACCUCACAUCUAAGGGCAGAACCCUUCCAGGACCUAAAGUUGGAGUCCCCGACUCGGACCCUUACCCUGGAAGCCCCGAGAGGUGUUGAGGUCAAUGCUGGAGUGGGAGACUUCACAGCAACCUGUAGGAAAGACCUCCUCUUGCAGUCCUCAGAAGGAGAGAUCUUUCUAGAUGCCAACACCAUCAGGCUGGGCAACGUUCCCCUCGGCAGUGCUGUGGACCCCCUGGAAGGGGCGCCUGCAGGUACCACCUACACUAAACAGACUGUGUACGAGCUGUGUGCAUGCGCUAAUGGUAAGCUCUACCUGUCCCCAGCUGAGAAAGGUUCUACCUGUCAAACCACUAGUAACUUUUGUCUCUGGAGCUGAAAGGAGGAUCUGACAGAAACUCUGGACAUGUGGACUAUAAGAGUUUGAAGCUAAUGCUAGCCAACAGACUGAAUCAUCCUGGAUUAUUGCUUGGUGGGAAGCUAAUGCCAGCUAACAGACCGAAUCAACAUGGAUUGUAGCAUGUCGAGAAGUUCAUGUCCGUUAGCCAACCGAAUAAUAUGGAUUACAGUUUGGCAGGAGGCUAUACUUGCUAGCAGACCAAAUCAAUAUGGACUGUGGCUUGACGUGAAGCUAAUGCCAGCUAAAGGACUGAAUCAACAUGGACUAGAGCCUGGUGAGAACCCAGCUCACCAACCAAAUUAAUAUGGAUUGGUCAGUAGCUAAUGCUAGUCAAGAUGAUGGAUGAAUAGGGCAGGAAGCAAAAGCCAACAAGGUUAACUUGUGGGUUUGAUGCCAAGACCACUCAUGGCCAUGGAUGGACAGUCUCACUCCGGGGCUGUCAAUGGCUAUCUUUGCCAUUGUUGAAUUGCUGCCAUGACGGUUCCUGAAAGUUACAAGGAUUACAUUUGGAGGUUGCCUGAGAAUCAAACUCUCUUACAAACAAAGUGAGUUGUGUGUUCACCGUCUGACUGAAAUUUCCUAGAAAACAUGCUCCUGCUUUUGUUAGAAUAAACAGAUAUGGAGAUGUACUGCAGACUUGCCAGAGGGGACAUGGAGUUGGCUAUCAGACAUCAGACAGGACUUAGGUUUAGCCCUGCAGCUAGCUAACCAAUAAAUCAGACAAUGGUUUAGUCUAGUGGGAAGCUAAGGCUAGCUAACGGACCAAUCUAUACCAGAAAGGCCUUCCCCCUUCUCACCCUCUAGUCUUUGCACCAAAUGUUGAAGUUUGACCCUCCACUUUAAUCUUCACCUGAUAGUGACUAUGUUCUCUGACCCCAAUUUUCAUAGUAUAAAUAAUGCAAAUAAUUGUGCUUCAGCCUUGCAUUCACCAGCUUUUUCCCCCAUACAUUUUAUUAUUUUCACAUCUAAUUUUCUUUUAGUUCUCUUUGUUUCAGAUUGAAUAUUUUCCUCUCUAGUUAUAUUUUUCUGUAUAUUCAACUACUUGCACCGGACUGGUAAACAAAAUGUCAUUCUGACUAUCCACUUUUUUCCACUGGUCUGGUUAAAAAAACAGAAAACAUUGGUAUGUCUGCUUUUUUCGAUUGGACUAGUUAAAAGAUUUUUUAUAAACCAUGACAGCUGUACCAGAUGCAGGGUUUUUCCCUCACACCAUCUGUUCCCACAUCUUUUGGUUUCCACUGUAGGGAAGCAAAUGGAAUAAUAAAAAGAACAGAAAAGUGAGUUAUAAAUCUUACAUUGAAUUAAGGCUCAGAUGGGUGCUAAGGCAGACAGACCAUUUUGUGGUGCGGAGCCAAACCUACAGUCAGCCAGAGACAGCAGUCAACCGAUGGCCAGACCAAUUUUGUUCUGGUUAUGGAGUAUUAUAUAUCUUCAUCCUGUGUUCCUUGUCUGUCAAACUUUUUUAAACUCAUUUUGCAUGACUUUUCUGCUCUUCUUCCUAAGUAUUGCUCUUCCCUCUCAGUCAUGUCCUUUUUUCUGUCAUUGAGACAUGAUUCUGCUCUUUGCUUUCAUGCUGCUUCAUGUUACUUCUUCAGUUUAUCUUUAGCGGAGUAUUUUUACCUCUCAUUACUCCUUAGCUCAGCCUCUUCACCAAUCCACACCACUCUUUCGAAAUUCCGUCUCAUCUCAUGCUACAUCUUUGAACCGACACUCGCCAAAUGACACAUCUUGAUGUUGUUUCCACACCUUCUUGCUAUGUCCUAAAUCUAUAAUCUCCUUUGGCCAUCACAAUCUCAAAUAUCAUGAAGAUUGUCCCUUCACUCUUACACUACGCUCCCAUUCAAAAGUUCAGAAACGUAAGCAAGAAAAGUCAAGAAGGUCCAAAAUAUGAUUUUGGAGGUUAUUCUUUACAUAUCCACCCAUUCGUUUUCAUACACCUAUCCGGAGUUGGGAUGCAGUGGCAACAGGUUAAACAAGGUAGUCCAGACAUCCUUCUCCCCAGCAACUUUCCAGCUUUUCCUGGGGGAUCCCAAGGCAUUCCCAGUCCAGAGGAGAUAUGUAGUCUCCUCAGCAUAUUCUGGGUCUACCCCAUGGUCUCCUGCCAGUGGGUUGUGCCUCGAAGACCUCCAGUCGAAGGUUCCCAGGAGGUAUCCUUAUCAGAUGCCCCAACCACCUCAACUGGCUCCUUUCGACACGAAGGAGCAGCAGCUUUACUCCUAGCUCCCUCCAGAUGUCUGAGGUUCUUACCUUAUCUAUAAGGAUGAGCCCAAUAACCUUACGGAGGAAACUCAUUUCAGCCAAUCUUAUUAUCAAUCUCAUUCUUUCGGUUACUACCCAAAGCUCAUUACCAUAGGUGAGGGUUGGAACAUAGGUCGACUGGUAAAUCAAAGGCUUUGCCUUCCAGCUGUGCUCCCUCUUCACCACAACAGUUCGGUACAACGCCUGCAUUACUGCUGAUGCUGAACCAAUUUGCUUGUCAGUUUCACACUCUGUUUUACUCGCACUCAUAAACAAAACCCUGAGAUACUUAAACGCCUUCGCAUGAGGCAGCAACUCAAUCCCAACCUGAAAGGAACAAUCCGCCAUUUUCUGGCAGAAACCCAUGGCCUCAGACUUAGAGGUGCCAACUCUCAUCCCAGCCCCUUCACACUCAGCUGCAAACCAUCCAAGUACAUGCUGUAGGUUGCUGUCUGAUGAAGCUGAAAGAACCACAUCAUCUGUGAAAAGCAGAGAAGCAAUUCUGAAGUCCCCAAACCGGACAAAUCAUGACACUGUCUGGCCGCUAAUUGCGCCUAGAGAUCCUGUCCAUGAAAAUCAAAAACCAGAUUGGGGACAACGGACAACCCUGGCAGAGGGGCCAGCACCAACAGGAAACAUGCUUGACUUCCUGCUGAGAAUACGGACACAACUCUCACUCCAGUUAUAUACCAACCAGAUGGCUCAUAGUAGCAGCCCCUGUACCCCAUACUCCCUUAGUGCCCCCCACAGGACUCCCAGAGGGAUAUGGUCAUAAGCCUUCUCCAAGUCCACAAAACAUGUGUAGACUGGAUGGGCAAACUCCCAUGACCCCUUCAGUAACCUGCAACGGUAAAGAGUUGGUCCACUGUUCCACGCCCAAGUCGGAAAUUUGCAUUACUCCUCCUGGAUCUGAGGUUCAACAAUAUUUUGAAGCCUCCUCUCCAACACCCUAGCAUAAGCUUUUCUGGAGAGGCUGAGCAAUGUGGUACCCCAGUAAUUGCCGCACACCCUUUGGUCCCCCUUUAUAAAUAUGGGAACCUGCACCCCAGUCUGCCAGUCCACAGGCGCUGUCCCUAACCUCCAUACAACACUGACAAGGCGUGUCAGCUAAGACAGUCCAACAAUGUCCAGAGCCUUCAGCAUCUCAGCGCAAAUCUCUCUUUCUUCAGCAUGACGACAACCAGCAGUUUCUGAGGUUGCCACCAUGACAGGCACCUACGACCUUCUGGCUACAACUGUAAGCAGCCGCCUCCACAAUUGAGGCUUUGAAUGUGGCCCACUCGGAUUCCAUUUCUCCAACCUCCCCCAGGUGACAUGAGAAGUUCUUCCAGAGAUGGGGGUUGAAGACCUUGCUGACAGGGGCCUCAGUUGGACAUUCAGUGCUCAUACUCACUACAUGUUUGGGUUUACCAGGUCUGUCCAGCAGCUUCCCUGCCAUCUGAUCCAACUCACCAACAGUGAUCAGUCUACAGCUCUGCUUCUCUCCUCACCUGAGUAUCCAAGACAUACAGCUGCAGAUCUGAUAAUACCAUCACAAUAUAGAUCAUCAGUCUUAACCCUAGCAUGUUCUGGUACCAACUACACUUAUGAACCAUCCUGCGCUCAAACAUGGUGUUUGUUAUGGCCAAUCCAUGACCGGCACAGAAGUCCAGUAACAGAGCACCACUCGGGUUCAAAUCAGACAGGCCAUUCCCCCCAAUCAGGCCCUUUACAGAUUUCUCUAUCCUUGCCCAUGAGUACUGAAGUCCCCCAAGAGGACUAUAGAAUCCCCAGGUGAUGCCCUUACCCAGGAGCCCACCCAGAGACUCCAAAAGGUCAGAUACUCCAAAUUGCUGUUAGGUGCAUAAGCAAAACAACAGUCAGAGCCUUCCUCUCAUCAACUUGCAGUCACGUGGAGCCGACCCUCUGUUUUUCCGGGGAGAACUCCAACAUAGCAGCGCUAAACUGGGGGCUCAUGAGUAUCCCCACACCCGACCACCACAAAUCACCACAAAUGCAGAGAAGAAUCAUAGAGUCCAGGCCCUCAGCACACACACUCGCCCACCCAUCCCCUAACACAUACACACACACACACACACACACACACACACCAGGGCCAACGGGACAUACUCCCCCCUCCAAGCUGUUGAGGAGGAGUCAUGGAGGAGGAGUCAUGACAUAUAUGUAUUAUACAAUCUCAUUAAAUCUCAAACGCAGGAAUCGGUGUUAAUGACCUCAAGCUGGCUAACCUAGUGCCCAACCUCUGCAACGGCUGGAAAUUAUAGGAAAUCAGCAAAUUUGUGCGGCAAAAAUGCCCCUGAAAGAAAUUAUGAAUGAUGGAUUUGGUUAUAUUUAUAUGGACUCAGCUGGAAUAAGGCCCUGAGGCGUACCUUCUUUUUUAAAACAAAGCGAUACACAGGUGCCUUUGCUGCUGUUGGUAAAAGCACAUUACAGUUUGACGUUCACACUACCCUCAGUGGACCAUCUGCAAGUGUCUCUGGACAAACUAUCUAUUUAUCAGUCUACCUAUCUAUCUAUUUAGUUUUCUGUCUUUUUCCUCCCCUUCUCUCCUGGUUUUGUAGAACUCUCAGUAUAUCCAGCUGAAAAAAAGAACAAUUCAGUCCUGGUUUAAAGUUUAAUUUUUUCUGAUGUGUUCCCUUAUGGUUUUAUUCUUGAUAAUAAAAAAAGCACAAAUUAU